GCAGUAGCGCCACCAUAUCAGCUCUUGAGGUCUUAAAUCAACGUUGCUGUCGAUUCUCCGUCAAUUGGCGUUGAUUCAAUUAUUGACUGCUCCAAUAAUUGACGCCAAGAACGUGGGCAGAGUUGUUUAAUGUGAUAACAAUGCUAUUUUAUUUGUAUGGCGUAUCUCGCCGCUAGGCCAAGUGUGGCUAGGCAACAAACCAUCAUGGACGAAGAGGUGGAUCCGUCGUGCGCUCCGGUGUAUUACACUGCGGGCGGCCAGGGCCCAUGUGGUGGAGGAGCAUCGGCUACCAGUGGCGGAGGAGCAGGAGACGCUGGUUGCCGGCAGUCACCGCCUCGUGUGCCAGAAGAGGACUACUCGUCAUUUGACAUUGUCAAGGCUACACAAUACGGAAUCUUGGAGAGGUGCCGCUACCUUGUUGAGGUUGAAGGCUACAACGUAAACCAGCCUGAUGCAGAGGAUGUGACCUUGCUGCACUGGGCAGCCAUCAACAACCGCCGCGAGAUUGUCAACUUGUACAUCUCCAAGGGAGCCGUAGUGGACGCCAUAGGUGGGGAACUGCGCUCCACGCCGUUGCAUUGGGCCACUCGGCAGGGCCACCUGGGCAUGGUGGUGCUGCUCAUGCGGCACGGUGCUGAUGCAUCCCUGGUGGAUGGUGAAGGGUGCAGCUGCAUCCACCUGGCUGCCCAGUCGGGUCACACAGCCAUUGUGGCAUACCUGGUGGCCAAGGGGCAGCCGGUCAACCAGGCCGACAGCAACGGCAUGACUCCCCUCAUGUGGGCAGCCUACAGGGUGAUGACGAAUGACCCUGGCCGCUUGCUCAUCACACUGGGUGCCAGCCUGACCAUGUGUGACACCUACCACAGGAACACACCUUUGCACUGGGCCGUGUAUGUGCGCAACAGCAGUGCGGUCUCCCUGCUCAUCAAGGCCGGCUCUGAUCUCUCGGCCAGGAACGCCCAGGGGGACACUCCACGCAUGAUGGCCGAAAAGCUCAAGUCCAUUUGGAUAGAAGAGCGCCUCUUGGAGGCAGAAGCCGCUCAAGCACAAGGACAUUUCCUGGUACGCAUUGUUCGAGACAAGACAUUAAAGUAUUGGGCCAUCAGCUCUCCCUUUGUGGCCUUCUACGCUGUUGGCCUUGUCCUCGACAGCCAAGAAACAUAUCUAGUCAAGUUUGGUCUUCUCUUUAUUAUGGGCCUAGCCACCAUGUUCCUCUCCAAAUGUUUAUUUGAUGAACGCACUAUGAACAUUCUCCCAAUGGCUGUGUACCUGGCCACAAAGUUCUGGAUGUAUAUCACGUGGGUGACAGACCUGUGGCCUUGAGCUGGGAACCACAUCUACUUUGUCAACUAUUUAAUCUUCCUUCUGGCCAUGCUGGGAUGGUCGUGGUAUGGAUGCUUUGCAUUCUGGAAGGAGCACACACUCUGGGCUGCCCUGUCCCAGAGUGGGUGGGUGGCCUGGGUUGCAUUCAACACGCUCCUGCACAGCGCCUGGGUCAGCUGCCUGCUGCUCUGCCAGCUGUACCAGAUGGUGUGGCUGGCCAUGACUACCAACGAGCGCAUGAACUGCAACCGCUACCCACACUUCAGGCGGGCCAGUUCAGGGCGUGUAAUUAGUCCGUUCAACAUGGGACCAUUGAAGAACUUGGCUGACUUUUGCGAAUGGCGUUGCCUGGGAGCAAACCCUCGUGACUGGAGACACAUCUACAAUGCUAAUGAGGAUGACGACGAAAAGCAAACACUGCUUCAUUAUGUGUAAUGAAAGGAAACAUUGAGCAAGAUGGUGGCGCUCUUUAGACAUCUGUGAUCAAAGACUCAACCAGUGUGUGUGUGCUUCACCAACAACCAUUGCAGAGACAGCUUUGCAGCAAGCUUCGUGUUUAUGUUCAGCAACAGUCUGCCUAUGGCUUCCUUCUCUGUUUAUACUAUUUCAAAUUGGACGGUAUUGCCAGCACUAGCAGAACUAAUGAAAGCCAAGGAAAGCAUAGGAGACAUUAUGUGUGGUUUCUUAACUGUAGUGUAAUGAUUCUCACUGAAAUUGAAGGGAAUCCGCAUUUUUAAUGCUCCCCGAGCACCUUUAGCGGAAGAGUCGUGGAAUGUCUGUCGCAGACUUUGCUUCUGGCAAAACCGGUUGUCCCAGCUCCUCCCAAAACGGCAGAGGGCAGUGCAGGCAGAUUAAUGUGCACGAAAAAUCACCCAUGUCAGUGGGAUCUGAAGCCACAACCUUUGAAUUAUGCACCCGAUGCUCUACCAUUUGAGCUUAUGACGGACGGUGCUGCCUCAUCCACUUUUUUUGGAGGGUAAUUGUGUGUGCUAAAUAUCUGGGAGUGUUCGUAGCCCAGGCGGUAAGUGUGCAAUGCUCUUCUUUGCCAGACGGCAUCACGGGGCACAUGAUGUUCCCACGAGGUGGCAGCUGACCAAUGAACCCUUGCAUGCUACCUAAGGCAUCAAGUGUGCCAGGGCAAAGCCCUCGCUAUGAAAGUAUGCAAGUAGGGGCUCGCAUAAUUCGAAUGUUGUGGGUUCGGAUCCCACCGACAGAAAGGGUGAUUUUUCGUCUGCCUAUGUUUCCUUCAAUUUAACUGAGAAUCAUUACAGUACAGUUGUGAACGAUUGAAGAAAGUCAAAACUCAAACUUGGUUAGAAAUGAGAAACUUAUAAUCUUAGAGACAAAACAAAGAAAGAGCACAAAACAUCUCAGCGUUUGGACCCACAUCCGCUCUCUACAAGAUCUUAUGAGCGUCUCUCCUCUUGAACAUGCAGGCACGCAGUCCGUCCCCUCGUGUCGACGUAACCACACACCACCCUCGCAAGCACAACACACACGGAGCAGCGCACUGCUCUUCUUCCGUCAACACCGCGGUCAAAGGUCGCCCCGCCUGAGGCAAUGUUGGUGGAGGUGGGGCGCGGUCUCACGGUUUCAGACCCUCGAUGCCGGCAGACGAGGAGUUGUGGUGCUUUCCUGGAAAAGCAUCUGGACUGCACACGUGACGUUCAACAAAUACAAAUGGAAACAAUAUAGAAAUACAACACACUGCUCCCCAAAAAUGAGCCAGCUCAUUUUUUCUUUAGUUGCUGAGUUCUACUGGGUACAACAGUUGCACAGGCCGUCGAAGAAGUUUACCGUCCGGCAAGCGCACACUGCAAGCUCGCACUUGCCUGUCCCGACUGGGGAUCACCUUGUGAAUAACGGCCUUUUUCCAAAGAAGCCGUGGAAGCUUCUCGUCGUGAAUCAAGACCAGAUCUCCUUUCUUGGGUGCGUUGUUUUCUUUGCCUGCAGAAUGAUGCGCCGGUCUUAGUUGAAGUAAAUAUUCGUUCCUCCAUCAACGCCAGAAAUGGUCAAUUGUUCUUUGGCAAUGCUUCCAUCUUCUUAUCAUUUCCUUGGCUGAAGCAGUGGAUGGAGCAUUCGGUUGACCGUCGGGAAGCGCGAGCAAUCUGUUGCCAGUGAGGAAGUGCAAUAGUGUCAAGGGCGUGCCUUCGUCUGGCGACACGGGCAGGAGUGUCAGGGGGCGUGAAUUAAUCACAGCUUCACCUUCGUUGAGCAUGGUCAUCAACUCUUCAAGGCUCAGGUGUGCGUUUCUCAAUACACGCCGAAGACAUACUUUGGCGCUCUUAACUAAACGCUCCCAAAAGCCCCCCACCACGCUGCUCUUUCAACAAUGUACUUCCAUUGUAUCUGGUGAUCUGCACAAUAGCUAGUGAAGUUUCCCUUCUUGAUUGAAUUGAAUAAGUAAAAAAGGUUUGUCGACGUCUUCUUGAGUGUUAAAGCGUUAUCCGUGUAGAUGACUGACGGCAAACCACGACGCGACGUGAAGCGCUGAAAGGCCAGCAGGAAUUUUUCUGCGGAAAGAUCCGAUACAAGCUCCAAAUGAAUAGCAGGAGUCACCAUGCAGGUGAACAACGCUAUGUACGCCUCCUCUUCAUUGUGUUUCUCCUUUGUGAAUAGUGGGCCAGCAAAAUCAAUGCCCACAACCUCAAAACAACUACCUGGCGAGGUUCUGUCCACAGGAAGCUGUGCAGUCGGUGCUUUAGCUGCUCGCAAUCUCUCCUUUAUGCAGCCAUUGCAAGUCGUGACCGUGGAAUCCAGAAACUGUCUCGGAUUUGAGUCAUAGUGUCCUGGACACCAUUAUGCAUCGCAUUCAGGUGACAUUCUCUCACAACGAGUUGAGUGAACUUGUGUGCAGGAGGUAGUAAAAUGGGAUGCCUGACAGUUUCUUUCUCUUUAGAAUGCUGUAACACGAAGCAAGUCUGGCGUUAUCCAAGAAGGGACUCAGCAUGGAUAUAUCCGGCUCCGUUUUUCAUUAGACUUUGCCUUUCUGUGUUGUAAGUUUCUUCUUGGGCAGUCUUAAUCCAGUAAGUCCUUGCUUGGUCGAGCUCUUCGGCCGUGAGGUCACCUAUAAGAGUUUCUGUUCUCGUCUUUCCAAGGCAUCGGAAGGCCCAAGCAGUGACACGGAGAAGCUUCUUCAACCGGCUAUACUUCCUUACGUCUAUAAUUGGUUCUCUCUUAGUAGCCAAAGACAACUGCAGCACCGUUUUAAUUUUCUUCUUUUCUUCUUCUAAUUCAGUCUCUUGCGCAACCUUCUUUUGUGUUGCACAGGGCCACUUAUCGCAAUCUUCGCGAAGCCAAGGUGGGCCAUGCCACCAAAGUGUGGAUUCUGAUAGUGCCUGGGCUGACAUGCCUCGUGUGAGGCAAUCUGCAGAAUUUGCGCUACCAGGGCAAUGUUUCCACUGCUCAGGGGCACACAAACUCUGAAUUUCGGAUACACGAUUUUGCACAAACAUUUUCCACUUCGUAGCGUGACUCUGAAUCCAGUGAAGUGCAAUUUUGGAAUCCAUCCAGAAAUGAACCGUCAUGCUCAAGGCUAUUUGCUUGCAGACUUGGCUUGUGAGACGAGCUCGUACAACGGCUCCCCUCAGCUAUAGUCUAGGCAACGAAAGGUGCUUUAAGGGUGCUACCCUUGAUUUAGCAUAAGUUAGCUCAAUGCUAAAUCGGUCAUCGCUGCCCUUCGCUUGCAGGUACGCACAAGCUCCAUACGCUUCCGGACUUGCGUCGCAGAAAACGUGCAGCUCAAAGCUAGCAAUUUCGCUAUGCUCCACGAUGCACCUCUUGAAGGUAAGCUGCUGAAAGUCCAUCUGUCAUUUGGAAGUGGGGAAUCCCAGUCUAGUGCUCUUUCCCACAAACGCUGAAAGAGUAUUCUUGGUCUGACGGCAAACGGGCUAAGUCCAAGGGGAUCAAAAAUCCUGGCAGCCGCUUGGAGUACUGCUCUCUUGCUGCUCGGACUACCUCUGACGGCUCUCAGGAUACUUUCUGUAGGAAUAGACAGAAGAUCACUUUCUGGUUUCCAGCUCAAACCGAGAACGGUAUGAAUCACGUCAGGAUCGUCUGCAAUGUCAUCGCUAUCGAACGAGUCUCGUAGUUCUGCAGGAUUUGUUGCCCAUUUGUGCAACUUCAUACCUGCAUCUGCCAUGAUUGCCCUUGCAACUCUGUACAUUUCCACAGCUUGACACGCUGACUCAGCUCCAGUUAUCAAAUCGUCAACGUAGAAAGACUUCUUGAGGACCUCGGAAAUGUGCUGAUGCUCAUCUUUUUGUUUCUCGAGGUGUACCGUUGCAUUGAGUAGGUAAGGGCUUGCAGAUGUUCCGAAGGGCACUCUUGUCAUUCGCCACCUUGGGAAGUGAGUGAGGAUCAUUCGGUGGUUCUUCGUACCAGAGAAACCUGAGCACGUCCCUGUCUAUUGGCUAUAGGUCGGCAAACUCACUCAUGAGUCGACUCACUGGGACUCAGAUCGGUCCGGGUGAGUAAUAUUUUGGUGAGUUUGAGUCCGAGUGAGUCCGGUUGUGGAAAUUUUUAGUGAGUAUGAGUGAGUGCGGUUGAGGAAAGUAUUGGUGAGUCUGAGCCCAAGUGAGCCCUAAGUGCAAAAUAUAUUUCUCAAGUGAGUCUGAGUGAGCUCCACCUUUCAAUGCCGACGUAUGGUCCUAUCUACUCAUCUUCAGUAUUACUGUCAGCUUUAUAUCCGCUUACGUUUAUACUCAAGUAUAUUCACACAUAUCUCAACGUAGUCAUGUUCAUGCGCCACCUCAAUAUUUAUUGGUCAGAGACGUGAAUUGCGAGGGGUGCCAUGACCUCUCCCCGCAAACUCUUUCACGGAAAGUUCUUGACAAAAAUAUCUCAUGUGAGUCGGGUAUUUCAUAAAAAUGUCCUUACUGGAUUACUGGUAUAAAAUAUAAGGUAAGGUAUAAGAUCAAGAGGUGUAUCGUAAAGCACCGAUUAUGUGAGAUACUGGCAUUAAAGAGCAUUGAAAGCCAGAUAAAAAAAAAACUAGUUUUACACUCACGGACUCGUCAGUCAACUCACUCAGGUUCACUCAGACUCAAGUCAAGCCGUGAGUCUGAGUCUGAGUGAGUCCGGCUGAGUAAUAUGUUGGUGAGUUAGAGUCCCAGUGAGUCCGGUUGAGAAAAAGUUUAGUGUGUCUGAGUCUGAGUGAGUCUGGUUGAGGAAAAUUCUAGUGAGUCUGAGUCGGAGUGAGCCCUCAAAGCAGAAGUUCUUUUUGAGUGAGUAUGAGUGAGCUCCAACUUUUUUGCCGUCCACAAGAAUUUGCAAAAAUGCCUUCUCUAUGUCAGCGGUUAGUGCCACAUCAUGAAGACAAAAGCAAAGCAAAAUUCGAGCCAAACCUGCAAUAAGUUGUGGACCCUUCUCGAGCUGGUCGUUGAGCGAAAGCUGUGCUGGAAAAUGUGAUGAGCAGUCAAAAACAACUCGUAGUUUCGUGGUAGUGGAUUCCUCGCGUAUUACAGCUUGAUGGGGCAGUGUCUUCUGACUGCAGAGGUUGCACACACUUGGCAUGACCUUCUCUCAGGUACUCUCGCAUAACGGAGUUGUAUUCUGUCGCGUCUGAGCCAUGUAGUCAAGCUCUGAAGCCGCUUCUUAGCUAAAUCUGUAUUACUGUGAGCUCCACCAGCAGAUUCUUUCCAUGGCAGUGCUACCUCAUAACAGCCUUCACACAUACUCUCGAAUUGGUCUUGUGCAGCUUGGUCAUGCAGGCUCGAGUUGCGCUCCUCUUUUAUGCCUAAAGCAUCAAGUUCCCAGAAGUUUUGCAGGAUAGAGUCUAAGUGGUCUGGUAUGCGUGUCUCUAUCCUUAAAACGCAUAUGUUCACUGCAAAAAAUAAUGAACUGUUUGGGCUUACUGGGCCUUGGAAGGUCCACCCAAAUGAAGUGUUGAUUGUCACUAGACCUGUAGAAUCUUUGCAGUGCUCAACCUCAUUCUUCAUAAAUUUCCACUCGUGGUCUGAUCCAACGAGAAAGCUUACACCUGGAAUGGUUGGCAUGCCGGGAAGAAGCAACUUGUCAGCGAUGGGUCCUCUUUCUGCCUCGAUUGCUUUCAUGAAAUGAUGCUCCGUUGGUGUAUGCAGAAUAUCUUUGCAGAUGAAGGGUACCUCGACUGCUUCGAUGACGAAUUCUUGCCCACUGUACUGCGCUUUCGAUCGAACUUGUACAACACGACACUUUUGUUUGGUGCUCUGGUGCUCGCCGAAUGUUGAGAUAUUUAGAGUGGUGAAUCCCGACUCAUGGAGCUGGAGUGUUUUGGAGACAUUUUCCCUGAUGAAUGUUCUCUGGCUGCCUCCAUCUAUCACUCCUCUUAUUUAACCGCCUUUGUUUCCACCAAUGGUCCAUGCUCAAAAGGUCUGCAAGAGCACCUGGGAAUCUUUGGAAUCUGUGGCAGAGGCGUGAACGUUGGUCGCAGCGAUAGAUGAAGGUUGUUGUUUCGGAGCUCCUGCCGAUCUAGCAUUGCACAUAGAAAACACAUGUUGCCCUCCGCAGACAGUACAGCUCACUCUUUUUCAACAGUCUUGAAUGCGAUGACCUCAUACAGUGCAGCGGAAGCAUCUCAUGUCAGCGAUUAAUCUGUUCCUUUUUUCUUUAAUAUCAAGAGGAUCAGGACAGUGUUCCGUGCUGUGCUCUGUCGAAGCAAAAGAACAACACUUAGUCGUCAUCUUUGUUGCUAUCUUGGUGUGGAGAACCGCAGCGGUCGGCCUCCUUGGACUUCUUUCUUGCUUUUCUUGCACUGGCAGUGCCCUUUUCGGCGCACGGUCAGCAUUAAAACUCCUCUCCCUGGUCUCUACCUCAGUUAGGAGGAACUCAAGCAAAUUUCUCAGCUGGUCAUGAGCCCUUGUGCUGUCUGCCCGUGCGUGUGGACACUUCAACUUCGCUGUCUACUGGCUCUCUGUGAAGGUUCUUUAGAACGGCAAACUUGUCUGUUGUAGUCGACAACAAGGUCAUGCGGCAGCGAUGUUAAUGUGAUGUCGCUCAUCAUAGUCGAGUACGUAGCCGCAUUCACUCCCAGACUGCGAAACCCGCGUAUAUAUGCCCCUGAAGGUGGUCAUAUAGCUUCCGAAGUCCACGCAGGUCACUCGAUGAUGAAACGGCGGGUAAGGCUUGAAGCUUAGCGAGAUGAUUUUGUUCAAUUUGCCUUCUGUCGCCGAAACAUCGUAAUAUUUCAAGAACGUCUUCGUAGCAAGCUUCUGUGGCGUUAAGGCCAUUUAUAGCCACUAAGGCUGACCCAUGCAACAACGAGCGAAGGUAUUGAAAUUUCUCAACAGUUGAAAGGCGCGGGUUAUUAUGAACGGACUGCUGAAACUUCCCAAAAGAGCAUCCAGUUGGCCAACUCACCGUCGAAACUUUCAAAGCGUAGCUUGGGUAACUUCACACCGUCGACUCUGAGUACAGCUUCCUGUUGAUCAUGACUCGAUGGUGUUGCAGCUUCGGGUGCUCCGUUGUUGAUAUUCAGGAUGCUGAGCCUUGCUUGAAGAUGACCGAUCAUGGCUGUGGGUGCGUUGUCGCAACUUACAGCCUCGUUGUACUCUGCCUCGAACCCUUCCUUGAGGAUCAGCGGCUCCAGCUUGUCGUUGAUCUUGCGCAGCUCCUCAUUGCUGGUUUCUAGGCGUAGUAUUUUAUGUGGACACCUGGCUGGAUAUCCCGUCUCACAGCGCAAGCUCGGCCUCAUUGAUGAUGCGAGAGUUGUGGCCGCGCUGUACACGUCUUUGUGCCAGCAGCUUUUCCAAGCGUCGAUCCAUUGAUGCACCGAUGGGUCAACUCACCGAGUCCAAGCGGUCGGAAAGUGCAGGUCCAUUGUCGGCUUCGAUGUUUCUGUCCCUCUAUCCCGGGUUUCAGCACCAUGUGAAUGAUUGAAGAAAGACAAAACUCAAAUUUGGUUAGAAAUGAAAAACUUACAUUCUUAGAGAUAAAUCAAAGAAAGAGCACGGAACAGCUCAGCAUUUGGACCCGCGUACGCUCUCUGCAUGAUCUUAUGAGUGUCUCUACUCUUGAACACGCAGUCCGUCCCUUCGUGUCGACGUAACCGCACACCACCCUCACAAGUAUAACACACACGGAGCGACGCACUGCUCUUCUUCCGUCAACACUGCGGUCAAAGGUUGCCCCGCCGAGGCAAUGUUGGCGGAGGUGGAGCGCAGUCUCACGGUUUCAGACCCCAGCAGACGAGGAGUUGUGAUGCUUUCCUGGAAAAGCACUGCGCACGUGACGUUCAACAAAACAGAAAUACCACAACAGUUAAUGUCCCCUAUGCUUUCCUUGUCGGUUUCAUUAGUUGUAAUACAAAAAAACGAGCCCCUCGGAUAAUUCCCCUACUCUCGUACCGUUGCCAGUUAUGUAGCAGCAUCAUUGUAUAUAUAGUAGAGCUUUUUUUUAUCUUUGUGUAAAGGUAGAUAUGUGCUUGUCUCCACUGUGUUGAUAUAGUUGACCUGGUGCUUUGAUUUGGCCUUGCUUUAUCGAACAGAAAGUUUCAUGCUUAUUUGAGAACGAGUGAUGGUUGUGCUAUGCAAUGUAGAAGAUCAACGACUUUGUUAUAGUCACAUAUUGUUUCUUGUGAUGUUUGUGAAAAUGAUUUCCUUUUUCAUUGACCUCAUUCUGCCAGAUAUUGCAGAGGUUAUGGCAACUACAGCUCAGAUGUCUUAUUUAACUAUAAUUAGAUACUGUGCUUAAUCACCAUUUUGAGGGAUGCAGCCAUCAUCUGAGCACAUCUCUGUAGUUAAAGGGGCACCUGAAAACAUCCAUGCCUAGCUGUAAAAGCAGGCAACUGGCACGUCACAUGCAAAAAAGAAAAGAUCAUGCCUUUUUAUGCAUCCCUCACAUUUAUGUUAAUGCACCUAGAGAUGUCAUCUGUGAGUCAUUGGAUGAAUAGCGAGAUUUCUUCGUGCAACCCUAUUCAACAAUGCCUCGCUGCAGAACAUUUAUAAGCAAGAUACAUUUCUCAAAAGGCACUGCUACUGGAUGGCACAUGGCAGCAAACAUGAAGAAGCUGAACUGGAGUCGUAUAAAACAUUUCAAGGAAUAGACAAACUCAAGUGGAGAAUCACUGGCAGUACAGCAAUGAUUUUAUGCGAGCAGCUCUAUUUUGUGCAGCUUAUUGAAAUGUUGCAUGUAGAAAUAAAUUCUAGGAGAAUA